AUGUUUUCUUCAGCGAAACCAUACUCGGCCGUAUCGGUCCAGAUCGAGGUUCUGACUAGCGAGCAAUAUGAGGUAGAGGACUCAAGUGGGAUCGUGGAUCUCAUCGAGGUGGUUCGCAUCCAGGGCAGCGGGCCCAUGGAAGCAAGCCGAGCGUUGCGCAAAAAGCUCAAGUACGGAAAUAUCCAUCGACAGCUGCGUGCGCUGACAAUCCUGGACUUUUUGAUCCAAAAUGCGGGCGAGCGCUUUCUGCGCGAGUUUGCCGACGAACCUCUACUGGAACGACUCCGUAUCGCCGGUACCGACCCCGUCUCUGACCCGCUGGUGAAGGAGAAGUGCAAGCAAUUGUUUGCGCAAUGGUCCGUGACCUAUAAGGACACGCCGGGGAUGCAGAAGAUUGCCGCGCUCUACCGGCAACUUCCUAAACGCAAGCAGCCAGCCACACAGGCCAAGGCCAAGGUUCUCCGAGAAGGCAGUGGUCAGAACGAAAGUCCCAUGGGCCACACGGUGACUAUCUCAGCCGGUAACGGACCCGCCACUACUCUUAGCAGCCCGAAGCAAAAGUCCAAGCCCAAGGACAAGAAAAAGGACAAGAAGCUGUCAAUCACUCCGAAGAACUUCAGCUUGGAGCGAGAACGCCCCCAAAUCUACGAAACUAUUGCUUCCGCAUCAGUUGCAAGCACCAACCUGCUCAACUCGUUGAAGCUGGUCAACCGUGAGACCACCCGAGUCAGCGACGAUGCAGAGUGCAGCCACCGGUUCGCCAUGUGCAAGAAGCUUCGUCACCAAAUUCUGCGAUACAUUCAGCAAGUAGAAAGUGAGGAAUUCCUCGGCGGGUUGAUCCACGCCAAUGAAGAGCUCGUGACUGCUUUGAUGGCAUUUGAGGUGCUGGAUAAGAGCUUGGACUACGACAGUGACAGUGACGACGAUGUCCUAUCGGGCAAUUGGCGCUCUCGAUCGGAGAUGGACUCUGAGAUGAACGAGAAUUUCAGUGGAUUAUCAAUCAAUCCGCCCAAGCCGCCUCGGCCCAGUCCACCCGUGGCGUCGUCCUCUCGGGCAGCGCUCGAGAGUGAAAGCGAGAGCGAAGAAUCGGAAGAAGAUGACGACGAGGACAAUCCAUUUGGUGAUCGUAACGCGAUCAAGACGCCUGGACUGGAGAAGUCAGGAUAUUCAUGGUAA